UUUGCGCGUUUUAACUUUCAAUGCUAUGUUCUUAGAUUUGUUAACACGCGAUUCUAGUUAGACUCAUAUUUAAUUUGAUUAUAUUUUCACAAUUUUGAAGUAAUUUUCUUCCUGACUGAAUAUUUUAUAAUUUACUUUAGUGAUGGACAACGAUAAUGAAAAAACAAUUACAUUAAUAGAGUCAACAAUUUCACCGACUGAUCUAUCUAUUACACCACAAAAAACACCAACAAUUACAGUGGCUGAGCCAGCGAUAACAUCGGACAAACCAACAAAUACAUCUAUCAAUUCUGAAAUUAAAUCGACUGAAUCAAUAAUUAUAUCGGUCAAGCUAGCUGCUACCCCUACCGAGUCGAAAAUUACACAGGCUAGGCCAAGAAUUACUCCAGCUGAGCUAAAAAUUACACCAAGAAUAACGUCGACCGAGUCGAUAAAAACACCAAUUGAAGAAGCAUUAUUCAUAAAGGAUCAUAUUAUUCGGCCGAAUCAACCACUCUUUUAUGUGAAAAAUCCGAAAGGGUGGUUUAAUCAAUUCGAAUCAAAAAUAUUAGCUGCGGAUUUAGUUGAAGACUUAACAAUGUACUACGAACUCUUAAAAGAAUUGAACAAUCAUGAUAUUUUAUGUUGUAUUCUAGACGUAUUUCAAAACAUGAGUAUGGUCAACAAGUACAUGUAUUUUAGAAGCCAUUUGCUCAAAAAAAUAUCUGAACAAGAAAGACUUUUAGAACUCGUAAGCGAUUUAAAAUUGGAAGAUAAAUAUCCAUCUUUUCUUUUAAAUGAAAUGAAACAAUUAACGGGUGAUAAAUUAUUAGAACAUAACUUACAACGUGUAUGGUUACAAAAACUACCAUCGCAGGUACGAGAUAUACUAUUGUUGUCUUCCGAUUCUUUGAGUUCUAUAUCGUUGUUGGCAGACAACAUUAAGGAUCUACAUUAUUUACCAGAAGUAAAAUCAUCAAAGGAAGCGGCUUACCAGUAUGUAAUUAACUUACUUUCAGGUAAUAUACACUCAAAGAUAUUGACUAAUGCGGAGCUUAUUGAACUUAUUCAAAGAUAUGAAAACGAACAUGAAUCGGCCAACUCAGAUGAUCAUCAAACAAAAAAUUCAGAAGCUAUCAAUAACACAAAUUCAAUUCCAAAAGAAAAAAAGCAAUCUUGUCUUAACAGCUUUUGCAAAUGCAUUUAGAUAUUAUUUUAAUCGACCAGAAUCACUAUGGGUAAUUUUCUAUGCAUGCAAACUAUCUAUUAAUCAUUUUUAACUACAAAAAUAUUUCUUCAGGUAAAGUACAAAAUAUAAAAAUAAUAGGUAUCAAUUGUUUGAAAGCUAUGGUGUUCAAACUAU